UUUUUAUACACCAAUAACCUUAUCCUGCAGUUUAUUUACUCAUUACUUCUACUAUUUAUUUGCCCUCUCUUUUCAUUUUGUUUAUUCGCUACGAUAUCGAAACAUGAGGGGGUGUGACGGACCAGGACAAGGGGCGUUUUCGAGACAAAAGUGUCAUGUAUCUGUACAGUAUAUUAUAUUGAAUGCGCCAUCCAAUCCUUUUGUACAUUGAUUUAGCUGCUAUACAUUCACUAAAACAAAACAUAAAUUUGACGACAGAAGGUUCUGGAACACUGCUCUGACAGAUCAUCAAAUAGGCUAUUUGGCUUUAUUAUGCCGAACACGGGGUGGUCAUGAGGAAUUACCAAGUUCUUGGAAAGGCAGUAUAGAAGCUUUAUAAUCAAGCUGAGUGUUAAACGUAGGUGUUAUUUUGUUUUUUGCCAUGGAAGCGAAAUGCUCUCCGUUUAUGUUACUUUAUAUUUGUUGAACCGAUUUUUCGAAAAUGAGACUUAUAGCUUGCGAUGCACUCAAGAUUCAAUAAGCUCAAACUUCAAAAAUGGCGGGAGCAUCGAGAAAGCCAUUAUAGGGAAUAUCGUCAGUUGUAUCUUUUCCUCGAAUAAAGGUUUACAACUUUGAUGAUAAAUUUUGGUGUCGAAACAAAAGGAGACUGUACGUUAUGGAAGGGUGGCCAACAUUCAUUGACUUAGACAUAUUGGACUCUUUAUUAGAAGAUUUAUCCAUUACUGCUGACCAAUAUGAAGAUGAAUACGAUGAGCUAUAUGAAGAACUAUACGAUGAGCUAUAUGAAGACCAAUACGAUGACCAAUAUGAUUACCUAUACAAGGACCUAUAUGAUGACCAAUACGAUGACCAAUAUAUAUGAAGACCUAUACGAUGAUCAAUAUGAAGACCAAUAUGAUGACCAAUAUGACGAGGAAUAUGACGAGCAAUAUGAUGACCAAUAUGAAGAUCAAUAUGAUGACCAAUAUGAAGAUCAAUAUGAUGACCAAUAUGAUGACCUAUAUAAUGACCAUUAUGAUGACCUAUAUAAUGACCAUUAUGAUAGACAAUAUGACAAAGAUUAUAUUGACCAAUGCGAUGACCAAUAUGAAGACCAAUACGAUCGCCAACAUCGUGUCAAAUAUCAUGACCUAAAUGAUGACGAAGAUUAUUGCCAAUAUGAUUAUCAAAAUCAUGACCAAUAUUAUGACGAAUAUGAUGACGAAGAAUAUUACCAAUACGAUUAUCAAAAUCGUGACCAAUAUUAUGACGAAGAUUAUUACCAAUACGAUUAUCAAAAUCAUGACCAAUAUUAUGACGAAUAUGAUGACGAAGAUUAUCACCAAUAUGAUUACAUAAAUCAAGAUCAAUAUAAUGACGAAUAUGAUGACGAAGAUUAUUAUCAAUAUGAUUACAAAAAUCAAGACCAAUGUGAUGACGAAUAUGAUGACGAAGAUUAUUACCAAUAUGAUUACAAAAAUCAAGACCAAUAUUAUAACGAAUUUGAUUACGAAUAUUACGAAUAACGUAGAUGAUACCGAUUCGAUAGAGUGGGGCCGGAAAUUUCUAUUGGGUCAACUCCAUUGAACAUAUUUUAUUACCUAUUAAAAAAAUAAGCUUGACUAUGACGAGGUUUAUCAAACAUUUUCAUAAAUCUGUCAGUGAGGUCAACAGAUCCUCAAAGUGCAAACAUCUAUGAUGACCAAUGGUCUAUAUUUGUUUGCAUUUGUUGCAUUCCUUUUAAAUUAGAUAUUGUUGGGGAAAUAAUUUCUAUGUUAUAUUUGUAAACGUAUUAGUAGCAUUUAUAUGUUAUAGCCAUAGUUGCGUCGAAGUGCAUAAUUAUCACAACAUUAUAAAGUAUAUCCUGAUUUUACAUAUUGUAUAUAUUAUAUAGUUUUAUACGAUGCUAUUAAUUCGAGUUCACUUUAUUUGUAGAGUGUAUUGCUUUUAUUGUAGAGUAUAUUUAUUUAUGACGUAACAUUAACAUAAUUACUUAUCUGUAAAUUAUAGAUUGAACUUCUGAGGCAGUGCUACGCAACCUUUUAUAUCCUAUGGCCCCCUUCUAAAGGCUUUCAGCACUCAUGACCCCCCUAUUUCUCAAUCCAGUGGUAUUUAUAGUGUUACUUUGAUUCGUAGAUUCCAAAUCCCAAUAUGUUCAAACAAUUCACGCUCAACAAAGGAAAAACAGCCUAUGAAAUUUUUUUAUCCAGCAUGAAAGUAAAAUCCGUUUUGUGUCUAGCAUGGUGCUCCAACCCAACUGCUCUGUGGCCCCUAUUGGAGGGCCGCGGGGCCCCGGUUGUUAACCACUGUUUUGUUCCAAGGUAUGUGUUGUGUUCCUAAUCCCCUUAUGUUCGCAAGAAAUACACAGGUAUACACGUUGUAGCGACUUCCUUUAUUGACCUCCUCAAACCAUCGACUCGCCGGAAACUACGGCCAAAGACAAAACGUGUUAAGUAAAUCGCAUGAGUAGUCAUGAAAACUGACAAAUAUCACUCAAGACUACA